AUGAAGAUUAAAGGUAUGUGUGAACCAACUCAAUCAUGGUCAGGCAGGGCAGAAAGAGGACGUUUGGAUGUGCCAGACUCGAACCUUCUGAUCCAGAACGAUGCAGUGUAUCAUCUUGUGAACACAUCGUUCAGUUUUGAACAAGCCCAGCGUUACUGCCGUGGUCAGUCCAGCGGCCUCACGACCUCAGGGGUCAAAGAGGACGAGGAGGGAGCCCGACAGUUACUCUCUACAUCCAACCUGAAGGGCCCGGUUUGGUUUGAAACCAACAAGAAACAGAGCCCGACACCUCAUGUGCCCCUUCCCAAACAAAAAACGAUCCUCAGAGGAUUGUCUUUCACGUCUAAGGACGGCUAUGCCCGUGUGAAGGCGUCUUUCCCGCCACUGUCCGCGGUGAGCGUCUGCGUGCGCUUGCAGUGGGACCCGCGGCACGAGAGCGUGUCCACGGUGUUCUCGUACGCAGCGCCGGUUUUCCUCAAUGAAUUCCAGCUCCGCGGACAGAUUGACGAGCCCAAGCGAAAUCAGGACAGAAAGGUCCACCUAGCGCUUCUUAUUCAAGGACAGCAUCAUCACAAAGCCGAGCUGCCCGUUGAUGAAGACUGGCACCAUGUCUGCGUCACGUGGCGCUCGAGCGAUGGAUUUUGGGCAAUUUAUGUGGACGGAAAAAAGGGAGAUUCUGGGAAAGGGAACGCUCAGGGAAAUGCAAAGGAUAUCCACGGAGACGGGAUAUUUAUAUUGGGUCAAGACCAGGAUAGUUUCGGUGUGACUCUCACGGAGCCGUUUUUUGGAAACUUGACCGAUCUGAAUGUUUGGGGUGAAGCUCUGGAGUUCCAGGAUGUGAAGGAACUGAACACCUGCUCGCAGCUGACCAAUCACAGAGCCUUAUUCAGAUGGCAGGACUGGAGCCUCACUGUCCAUCAGUCUGUCCUGAACGUGUCUGCAACACUCACCUGUCCAGGGUCCCUGAAGACAACAAAGACACAAGAAAAGGAAUGUGACGUUUUUAAUGGCUGGUCUGACGGUCAGCCUCAAUACAGCACUGCCCCCUGCACACACACGCUCCCCUUCAUCUGCAGAAUGAGCAAAGAACACUAUCUGAAGAUGAAGGACCUGAGAGAAUCUCUGGCGUUCAACCCAAGCUCCUUCAUGCAAAGUCUCAUGCACUAUGGCGUGACUGCAGACGAUGUGCUCUCUGAUACUGUAGAUGGGCAGAGUUGGGCCUCAGUGUCCCGUCUGUUGAACGUGUCUGAGCAGGUUGUUUUAAAGGAGCAGAAGCAGCUGGAGGACAGGGACAUGCUCUCUCUCAUGCAUGUUCUCUCUCGGGCCGCUGACCUGCCUAGCACCGACAACCAUAGCCGGCGUGAUGCGGAGAGCCUCAGCCAGAGCUUCAUCACCAUUGCAGAUUCACUCAUCAGCCAAGACAAUGCCAGUAAAUGGAACAGCAUCAAAGAGGUAGGGAAGAGCCCAAUGGCAGUCAUACAGACUGUAGACCGCAUGGUGAGUAACCUUAAGUCUCUGCUGAUGGACGACACAGACAGUGUGCAGAUACACAGCAACAAUAUCAAGCUGCAAGUCCAACAGAAGCUGCUGUCUGAAAGUUCUCACAUUUCUGCGUUUUGUGGACUGGAUGCGGGAAAUCAUGACUGCAUCUCUGUCCCAGCUGAAAACAUGAAGGAACUACAAAACAAUGGCUUCAAUAAGGUGACUUUACUGAAUACAUGGUACAGCUCUGUGAAUUGUCUCUCAGAGAGAGGGGAAAACAUUACUCUUUCUCCUAUAGUCAGUGAUGGAUCUCAUAGGCAUCUGCGAACAGUCUUGGGCUCAUCGGUCAUCUCUAGUACAGUGCUGGCAGAUGGACAGCCGAUCAGCAUGGCCAUAAACUUCAGACUCCAGCACAGGAUUCAGAACAGUUCACAGAAUUUGACACCUAUCUGUUCUUUUUGGGAUUUUGACCUAAUGCCAGAUCGGGGAGGGUGGUCAACAAAGGGUUGCACCUUUAUUUCCUCUCUGAAUAACUCAACUUCCUGUUCCUGUAACCACACUACCAAUUUUGCCUUGCUGUUACAGAUCUCCGAAGUUCAGAGAAAUGAAGAUGAGACAGGCCUGCAGAUCUUCAGUUUGAUUGGCUGUGGUGUGUCUCUGUGUAGUCUCAUCUUCACAUUUAUUCUCUUUGUGGCUGUUGGCGUUCCAAAGUCAGAUCGGACUACAGUUCACAAAAACCUGAUAGUGGCGCUGGCUGUAGCUCAGUUACUUCUUAUUUUCAGCGACUGGGCUUCGGGAAACCAGGAAGUCUGUUGGUUGGUGACGGUGCUCCUGCAUCUGUUUUUCCUGUCAUCUUUCUGCUGGAUGCUGGUGGAGGGCUUGAUGCUCUGGAGUAAAGUGGUCUCUGUUAACAUCAGCGAGGAGAGGAGAAUGAAGCUGUACUAUGUGCUGGGCUGGGGGCUGCCGGUUGUUAUAGUCGCUGUAACCUUGGCAUCCACUUUGGAUCGGUAUAAAGCACAGCAGCACUGCUGGCUGAACCUUCAGUCGCAUGUUAUUUGGGCUUUUGCAGGGCCUGUGCUCUUUGUUUUGGCUGUCAAUGGUGUGGUGCUUUUUCGGGUUGUUAUGGUUACAGUGGCCAGUGCACGUCGCAGAGCCAAAAGGCUGACACCUAGUUCUGAUUCGAAACUUCACACGCUAGAUCUUACCUGGGCAGCGACGCGGCCAGUAUUGAUCUUGUUACCAGUUUUAGGUCUGACCUGGCUGUGUGGAGUGCUGGUACACUUGUCUGUCGUCGUGGCCUAUGUGUUCAUCACACUCAGUGCUUUUCAGGGCCUGUAUAUUUUUCUGGUGUAUGCGGUUUACAACAGUGAGGUGCGAAAUGCAAUAAGAAGAAUCCAGGACAAGCGAAAAGCUUUGUCAUUUACUAACUGUUCACAGCCUAUCAGCUUCUUGCCCUCCCAAAAAUCUCCCAGUGCUUCAUGGGUACACAGCCUGCCGACUCAUUCCAGCCCAGAGAGCAGCGAGAGCUCGACUCCCAUCACCACUUCCACAGCCAACUCGCUCGUCUUUAAGAACGAACGGUUUAAAGAGGACCAUAUUGUGAGUUUCCCAUUAAAACCAGCUAACAUAAGUCAGGUGGUUCAGCUGACAGCCUCUAAGCCCUCAGGCUGUUGAGGGGAAAACUACACUACAGUUCUGCAUGGACUCGUGUCUUAUCCUGGGAUGAAGACGUAGCUCUUUCUGUGGAGGAGCACACACUGCCUCCUCCGCAAUCCUGCAGGCCGUCUCGUUCCCAGAGCUCAGUCUGUGCUGAGUGAGUAAAUGUUUUUUGAUUAACAUGAAACAACUCUUUCAGUAAACGCUCAAUGAGACUGUGCUCAGCAUGGCACAUAAAGACUUCUCAAUCAUUUUAUAAUGUAUAGAUGUCGUCAGAGUACAAAGGCUCGUAGUACUAAAA